AUGUCUUUCACCCUCGCCAAUUUGACACUUACACUAGGUGCUCAUUGUUACAGGUUUCAAGCAGUUGAAGGAAAAUUAGGCUAUCAUUCUACAGGCGUGUUUUAUGCUGUUAUCUGCAACAAUCCACGCUCUAUUCAUUAUCUCCCAGAAGAAACAAUACUCGUUAUGGUUAUGCCAGGACCCGACGAGCUGUCGUUAGAGGAGAUGAACUAUCUUUUGGAACCAUUUGUGGAGAGUAUGCUUCGUUUGGAAAAGGGAGUAGAAUUCACUGUUCAUGGUCACGACGACCCAGAGGUUUCACACUCUCAUCUGUACUGCAAUGUAUCCGAUCUCCCGUCAAGUCGCAAAGUGACCGGCCUCCAAGGUCAUAGUUCGAAAUUCUUCAUGUGUCCAACUUGUAAAACACCUUCCUUCUCGCUUGCUCACCCAAGUUGUUUUGAUCCGUCAAAAUUCAAGGACCAAGAUGACUGGAGGUGGUCUGAACAAGACUUGUCAAGCCAAUGGACCGACUUGAGUCCUUUUUUUCAGGGCUCAUUUGGCCAGUCGAAGCAAAUUGCCUACCGCCUUCAGUCAGUGUGUUAUUUGUUUUUCAUUGUCCGCAUCAUAAUCUGGUUCAUAGCUUUCAACUGGCAAGGGAUCACCAAAAGCAGACCAGUCCUUUUUGUCGCUUUGUAUGAUGCGUGGGCAGUUGACGGCGAGAUUCCAGAUCACGAUGCACCUCCCUCGGCGUCUAAUACCAAAAACUUCACUGCCCAAGCCACAAUGCAGAAAACUCUACACUCGCGGCUUUUGGAACAUCUGCUUGCUCGCAAUACACAUCCCUCUGACGCUAAAACUGAAUGUGUUAACUCUGCCAAGAUGGACCGUAAUUUACGUCGACAUUAUGCUGUAAUUCUUGAGUUCUCUGCCACAGUGCGCAUCCUAUCAUCUCAAUCUAUCAGUCCAAACGAUGUUCGCAGAGGAUGUGUAGCUUUAUCUCAUGCUACACAGAGCUGGGCUCGCAUGGGAUGUCACCUGACACCGUACUUCCAUUUUGUUAAUCACUUUGAACGGCAGAUGUAUGAAUUCAGGCCCUGUUAUGCGACGUGGGCUUUUGCAUUCGAGCGACAUAAUGGGAGGCUUGCAAAGAUCAAUCACAACCAGCAUAAAGGAGGAGAACUUGAAGCUACACUGAUGCGAUGGUGGUGGAGCAUAACAUUUAAUUAUGAACUGGACGACGAAGACUCCCUGCAUCUUCUUCGGACAUCCCUGAAGGCACAAGAGAAAGCCAAUGUCAUGCAAGAUCAAUUGACUUUUGCAAAGCACCCUAAGAAGCUCAAUCUGUUGGCGAUCAGUGAUGACUUGUAUCAAGUCACAUACGAGUACCUGCGCAAUGAGUGGAGGGCAAUUGUCCAUCUCAAAUGUCUACCAGCAUUAUGGGAGACAGCGAGAACUUUAUGGGCGAUGUCAGAUCAUACUCUCACUUGUGGCUGCAGAGACUUCGCUAUGGUUCUGCCACCGCUCACUGAGGGAAGUCUGCCCGCUAUGCAUAUAUUAAUGGACGUCAACCUGCGGAGAUCCAAUCUUGCCAUUGUAUGGCACUUUAUUUCAGAUGACAACAUACCUGAGUUUCCAUGGGCGCUUUGGGCGAUAGAUUUAGGUGUUGCUGCAUGGUACGCAGACCAGCUUGGUGAUUUGAAGGUGAUUCCUAUCAACGCUUUGACGGGACACUUCAUCCUUGCUCCCAUUGAGGUACAUGACCAAAUGCUUUGGAUCACAGUGGUGUAUGAUCAUGGCAACCCAGAAGCAGAUGUGGACAUUGACGAUGACUGA